AUGGACACGAACAUGCGCAAAUUCACCGUGCGGAGGUUCUUCUCCGUGUACCUUCACAAGAAGUCCAGGUCCAAGAGCUCAAGUCUCUGCAAGCUGGAGGAUGAAGGCAUUGUCAAAGAAAUCGACAUCAGCAACCACGUGAAGGAGGGUUUCGAGAAAGCAGACCCGUCUCAGUUCGAGCUGCUCAAGGUUCUGGGUCAGGGCUCCUACGGAAAAGUAUUCUUGGUGAGGAAAAUCAAAGGCUCUGACAAAGGUCAACUGUAUGCCAUGAAGGUGCUGAAAAAGGCAACAUUAAAAGUCCGGGACAGGGUGCGAUCGAAGAUGGAGAGAGAUAUUUUGGCCGAAGUGAAUCAUCCCUUCAUUGUCAAGCUCCAUUACGCCUUCCAGACUGAAGGAAAGUUGUAUCUCAUUCUGGAUUUCCUCAGGGGUGGUGAUCUCUUCACUCGUCUCUCCAAGGAGGUGAUGUUCACAGAGGAGGAUGUGAAGUUCUACCUGGCUGAGCUUGCCUUGGCUCUAGACCAUCUCCACAGCCUGGGCAUCAUCUACAGAGAUCUCAAACCCGAGAACAUACUCCUAGACGAGGAGGGUCACAUCAAAAUAACAGAUUUUGGCCUGAGCAAAGAAGCGAUCGACCACGACAAGCGAGCAUAUUCCUUCUGCGGCACGAUAGAGUACAUGGCCCCCGAAGUGGUGAACAGGAGAGGGCACACGCAGAGUGCCGACUGGUGGUCCUUUGGGGUUUUAAUGUUUGAGAUGCUGACCGGAUCGCUGCCCUUCCAGGGAAAAGACCGAAAGGAGACCAUGGCACUCAUCCUGAAGGCUAAACUUGGCAUGCCUCAGUUUUUAAGCCCAGAAGUCCAAAGUUUACUACGGGCACUUUUUAAAAGAAAUCCGGCCAACAGACUGGGAGCAGGACCUGAUGGGGUUGAAGAAAUCAAGAGGCACCAUUUUUUUGCAACAAUAGACUGGAAUAAAUUGUACAGAAAAGAAAUUAAACCUCCCUUUAAGCCUGCGGUGGGCCGACCCGAAGAUACCUUCCACUUCGAUCCCGAGUUCACAUCCCGGACACCUACAGAUUCGCCGGGCGUCCCGCCGAGCGCCAACGCCCAUCAGCUCUUCCGCGGCUUCAGCUUCGUGGCGGCCAACCUGGGCCAGGAGCAGCCGCACUCUCAGCCUCAGUCCGAGUCGCAGUCGCGCCAGAACUGGGUCAGCCCCAUCGUGCAGCAGCUGCACGGCAACAACAUCCAUUUUACAGAUGGUUACGAGAUUAAGGAGGACAUCGGGGUCGGGGCGUACUCCGUCUGCAAGCGCUGCAUUCAUAAAAUCACUAGCGUGGAAUAUGCAGUGAAAAUUAUUGACAGGGCCAAGAAGGAUCCUUCGGAGGAGAUUGAGAUUCUCCUGAGAUACGGGCAGCAUCCUAACAUCAUUACGCUGAAAGAUGUGUACGACGACGGGAAGUACGUGUACCUGGUGAUGGAGCUCAUGAGAGGGGGGGAGCUGCUGGACCGAAUACUGCGACAGAAGUGCUUCUCCGAGCGAGAGGCCAGCGCCGUGCUCUGCACCAUCACGAAGACAGUCGAGUACCUCCAUUCACAAGGGGUGGUCCAUCGAGACCUGAAGCCAAGCAACAUCCUUUACGUGGAUGAGACGGGAGACCCAGAAUCCAUCAGGAUCAGCGACUUUGGAUUCGCCAAACAGCUGCGGGCGGAAAACGGCCUCCUCAUGACACCGUGCUACACCGCUAACUUUGUGGCCCCGGAGGUCUUGAAGAGACAAGGGUACGAUGCUGCCUGUGACAUCUGGAGUCUGGGGAUUCUGCUCUACACUAUGCUUGCAGGAUUCACUCCCUUUGCCAACGGCCCUGACGACACCCCAGAGGAGAUCCUGGCACGCAUCGGCAGUGGGAAAUACGCCCUUUCCGGUGGCAACUGGGACACGGUGUCUGACAUGGCCAAGGAUAUUGUGUCCAAGAUGCUUCAUGUGGACCCCCACCAACGACUGACGGCCCACCAGGUCCUGAGACACCCUUGGGUAGUAAACCGAGAGCAACUGUCGCAGAGCCAGCUCAUCAGACAGGACGUCCAGCUCGUGAAGGGUGCCAUGGCAGCCACAUACUUUGCCCUGAACCGUACCCCUCAGGCCCCAAAGCUCGAACCCGUGCUGUCCUCCGGCCUGGCCCAGAGGAGAGGCAUGAAGAGACUCACGUCAACACGCUUAUAGCGCUCCCUCAACUCAAGCAGCACAUGAGCGCAAGUCGACGUCCGUCGAAAAAAGUGCCCUCGCUUCCUCCGGGCGUCGACUCGCGACGGGCCACGCGAUUUGCACUAAGCAGC